UAGUUGUCAGGAGCAUGUUGGCCAUGAAGAACUUCUGUGAUCUGAGACCCUAGCAGAUAGUCCAUCUGUCCUGUCUGACAGCACAGUGACAGUGGAUUUUUGUGGCAUGGCACCGUCAGUGGACACUGUGAGUGCGUGGAGCUGUAAACAGGUUGCUGAAUGGCUGCAGAAAGAGGGUUUCGGGGAGUAUGUCGAAUUGUUCUGCACCCGGCACCGCCUGGACGGCCCUAGCCUGCUGGUUCUGACUGAGGCAGACCUGCGAGGUCCUCCGCUGAGCCUCACUGUGCUGGGAGACAUCAAGAGGCUGACCUUAGCUCUCUGCCGGCUCCAGAGACAGAACCAGGCCCAGCUGGAGCAGCUGGGUCUCUGGGCCUCAGACAGCUUCCCUGCAGGGCUUUCACUGGGCACCACAGGGCCUAAGUGGAGUUGCAAUGGAGCUGACAGAAGGUAUAACAGUGGUGAUCGCCUGUGUAACAGGACAGAGUUACGGUUGAGGAAUGGUGAUAGAUCUGGAUACAGUUCAGGAGCAGAACUGUGUCUUACACACUCCAACAGACGUUAUAAGCAGCACCUGGCUGGUAGAUUGGACCCAGAGGUAUGGAAGACGGUCAUCAGUUCUAUAUAUGUCUUUUUAGUGUUUGGAUUCACAUCUUUUGUCAUGGUCAUCGUGCAUGAGCGUGUCCCGGACAUGAGGACAUACCCACCACUGCCUGAUAUAUUCCUGGACAGUGUUCCAAGAAUCCCCUGGGCUUUUGCAAUGGCUGAAGCCUGUGGCCUCAUCCUGUGUUACAUGUUUCUGUUGAUCCUGCUCCUUCACAAACACAGGUCCAUUCUCUUCAGGCGGAUGUGUUCUUUGAUGGGAACUGUGUUUUUGCUUCGUUGCUGCACCAUGUUUGUCACCUCGCUCUCUGUGCCUGGGCAGCACCUGAAGUGUGACAGUAAGACAUAUGGUGAUACAUUGGGAAAGAUAGAGAGAGCACUAACGAUCUGGAGUGGCUUUGGGAUGACUCUGACGGGUGUCCAAACAUGUGGAGACUACAUGUUCAGUGGGCACACUGUCGUCAUCACAAUGCUCAACUUUUUUGUGACUGAAUACACUCCACAAAGCUGGAAUCUGAUUCACACUAUCUCCUGGGUGUUAAACCUUUUUGGGAUUUUCUUCAUCCUGGCGGCUCAUGAGCACUACUCCAUCGACGUGUUCAUCGCCUUCUACAUCACCACCCGCCUCUUCCUUUACUACCACACCCUAGCCAACACCCGUGCCUACCAGCAGAGCCGUAGGGCGCGCAUUUGGUUCCCCAUGUUUUCUUUUUUUGAGUGCAAUGUGAAUGGACCUGUCCCCAACCAGUAUCACUGGCCCUUCAACAAACCUGCCUUCAUGAAAACUCUGAUUGGUUAGAGGAUGCGUUCAAAGAUCAGCAGCUGCUAUGUGCACUUUUGUUAAGUAUUCUUAUGUUUAAGGGAAUAGUUUGACAUUUUCAGAAAUGAGUGUAUUGGUGUAUUUGCCUAGAGUAAGAAAAUACCACUUUCAUGUCUGUCCAUUAAAUGGGAUUCUAAAACUUAGCUUGGGACAAAGCCUUGAGCACAGCUUUGUUAAGAGGUAACAAAAUUCACAUAUUAGCACCUAUGAAAGCUCACUAACCAAUUAUGUCUAGUUUAUUCUGUACAAAAGCUAAAGCAUUUAAAAA